AGGACACUCCCUCCAGUCUCAUUUUUGCUGGUACCAGAAGGAAAACACACACCGACCCGGGAAAACAGGGGAGCAAGAGACAGACAGAGAAAGAGCAGCUGCUGCAGCUAGCAGCGGCAGCUGGGAAACAGAGAGCCAAAAAUGCGCAGCGGCGGCGGCGGCGGGCGUGAGGACGACGAGGCCGGGCAGAAGCUGAAGAGCAUGGACGUGGACAAGAUGGAGAACGGCGCCGACGACAGCCCGCGGCCGCUCGUCAAGUACCACGGCUGGAAGGCCAUGCCCUUCAUCAUCGGGAACGAGACGUUCGAGAAGCUGGGGACGCUGGGCACGUCGGCGAACCUGCUGGUGUACCUGACGCAGGUGUUCCACAUGCAGAGCGUGGACGCCGCGACGCUGCUCAACGGGCUCAACGGCACCACCAGCCUCGCCCCCAUCGUCGGCGCCUUCCUGUCCGACGCCUACCUCGGCCGCUACCUCGCGCUCGCCAUCGCCUCUGUCGCAUCCCUCAUCGGCAUGUUCUUCCUGACGCUGACGGCCGGCGCGGACAGCCUGCACCCGCCGGAAUGCGGCGCGGGCGAGGUCUGCCAGAAGGCGACGUCCUACCAGUUCGCGGUGCUCUUCAUCUCCUUCGCGUUCCUGGUGAUCGGGUCGGCGGGGAUCCGUCCUUGCAGCAUGCCGUUCGGCGCCGACCAGUUCGACCCGCACACGGAGUCCGGCAAGCGUGGCAUCAACAGCUUCUUCAACUGGUACUACUUCACCUUCACCUCGGCGAUGCUGGUGUCCGCCACGGUCAUCAUCUACGUGCAGAGCAACGUCAGCUGGCCGAUCGGGCUCGGCAUCCCGACGGCGCUCAUGUUCCUCGCCUGCGUGCUCUUCUUCAUGGGCACCAAGCUGUACGUGCGUGUCAUCCCCGAGGGGAGCCCCUUCACCACCAUCGUGCAGGUGUUCGCCGCGGCCGUCAGCAAGCGGUCGCUGAAGCAGGCCAAGGACCCGAAGCAGGAUCUUUUCGACCCGCCGCAUACCAGCAACGUCGUGUCCAAGCUGGCUCACACGGACCAGUUCAGGUGCCUGGACAAGGCGGCCAUGGUGGCGUCCCCGGAGGAGGUGAGACCCGGCGGUGCGGCGCCCGUGAACCCGUGGAGGCUCUGCACGGUGCAGCAGGUGGAGGAGGUGAAAUGCCUCAUCAGGAUCGUGCCAGUUUGGUCCACGGGGAUCAUCUACUACGUGGCCGUGGUGCAGCAGUCCACCUACGUGGUCUUCUCCGCGCUGCAGUCCGACAGACGCCUCGGCAGCAGCUUCCACGUCCCCGCCGCGUCGUUCACCGUCUUCGCCAUGCUGGCACAGACGCUGUGGAUCCCCAUCUACGACAGGAUCCUCCUGCCAAGGCUCCGGAAGGUCACCGGGAAAGACGAAGGGUUCACGCUGCUGCAGCGCCAGGGGAUCGGGAUCGCGCUCUCCACGGUGGCCAUGGUCAUCUCGGCCAUCGUCGAGGACCGGCGCAGGGACAUCGCGCUCAACCAGCCGGUCAUCGGCACCACGCAGACCGGGGGCGGCAUCUCGGCCAUGUCCAGCUUCUGGAUGGUGCCGCAGCUCAUGAUCCUGGGGCUCUCCGAGGCGUUCAACCUCAUCAGCCAGAUCGAGUUCUACUACAAGGAGAUCCCGGAGCACAUGAGGAGUGUCGCCGGGGCGCUCGCGUUCUGCAACCUCGCGCUGGGGAACUACCUCAGUGGGUUCUUGACGACGAUAGUGCACCAGACCACGGGAGCUGGGCAGAACUGGCUGGCGCAGGAUCUUAACAAGGGGAGGCUCGAUCUCUUCUACUGGAUGAUCGCCGGCAUUGGCGUCUUCAACUUCGUUUACUUUAUGAUCUGUGCCAGGUGGUACAGGUUCAAGGGAGCCAGCAACUGAUGGGGAGAUGCAUGCGUGCAAAUUGAAAUGGUCGAUUAAGUUGUGGCAAAGGGGGAACAGGAAGGUGGGGGUAGAAUAAGGUCAGAUGUUAAUUCGUGUGUCUUGGAUACAACAGUAGCUAUUUCCUUUUUUUUGGUUUUGGUUAUGAGUUCAAUCUACAGAAUUAAGUGGAUGGGAAAAAGAGGAAGAGAGGUAAACAAAAGUGGGGCUGUUUCUUGUAAGUUGUUAAAUUGAAAGAUAAAUUAAUGUCUUUCUCGAUUCAAGCA